AUGGGUUCCGACUCAGGUAGUCUUAGCAUUGAAGAGAAAGAGGCCGUUGUUACCAAAGUGUCCUCUCCUCAGAGUAAAGAAAUUGCGGUGGAAGAUGGUGAUUUACUCUCCCCGGAUGUGCGGCCUGCUGCAGAGAGACAACUGGUGCGCCACCUGGAUCUCAGACUAAUGCCAACGAUCAUCAUCAUUUUUAUAAUGAACUACAUUGAUCGAAGUGCGGUCUCGUCUGCGCGUUUACAAGGUCUUCAACAGGAUCUGAAUUUGUCAGGAAUACAAUAUUCUACCGUGCUUGCUGUCCUCUGUGCAUCCUAUGUUCCCGCUCAGAUACCAUCGAACAUGAUUUUAAACAGAAUAUCUAGGCCAUCUUACUAUAUCCCAGCCUGUGUUGUGCUGUGGGGUCUCACUAGUGCGAUGACAGGAGUCACCAAGAAUUAUACGGGGAUUGUACUGUGCCGAAUUUUCAUUGGACUCCCAGAGGCUGCAUUCUACCCUGGCGCAAUGUACUUGCUAUCUCGGUGGUACACGCGGAAGGAGCUCGCCUUUCGCUCUGCGGUAAUAUAUGGUGGUUUACUGAUUUCAAAUGCGUUUGGAAAUGUCCGUUUAGUCAUUUCUAUUUUCCUACUGGUGCUGGUGAUGGAUCUCACGCAUUUACAGCUUAUGGCGGCAGGAAUCUUGUCUGGGAUGCAGGGAAAGAGAGGAAUAGCGGCCUGGAGAUGGCUGUUUUUCAUUGAAGGAUCUAUAUCGAUCUUCAUCGGCAUCAUUGCAUGUUUCAUCUUACCCGACUACCCGCAUAACACCCGUUGGUUGUCUCCUGCUCAGCUGAGAUUAGCCCAAGUUCGGCUAGCAGAGGAUGCUGGAGAAGCCGAUGAAGAUUCCGCUCAAGAAUCGGCGCUCGUGGGAUUAAAGCUUGCUCUCCAGGACCCAAAGGUCUUGAUCUUCUCUAUCAUGAACUGUUCUCAGCUUCUGGGGCUAGGUUUCAUCAACUUCUUCCCGACCAUUGCUGCUACGCUGGGAUUCUCGACCACUGUGACGCUCUUGCUUUGCGCGUGGGUAUUCUUUCUCAAUUUCGAAGGGUUCCUUAAUGACCGUGAUCUCAGACCCCCAUGGAUCUUCUCAACGAUCGUGUGCGCCGUGAAUGCAUGGAGUGCAGAUAGAACUGGAGAGCGGUUCUUCCACCACUGUUGGCCAUGGUGGGGCGUCCUUGUCGGGUACAUCAUUGGUGUCUCAACAAUGUCAGUCGGGGGUCGCUAUUUUUCCAUGUUCCUUAUGGCAGCAGGAUAUUCAGGUUUCGCGUUAACGGCGGUGUGGGUAGCUAAUGCUAUACCGCGACCACCUGCUAAACGGUCCGCGGCGAUCGGCAUUGUGAACGGAAUCGGCAACAUAGGGAACUUAAUCAGUUCAUAUACUUGGAAAUCACAGUGGGGGCCAAACUAUCAUCCUUCCAUGUACAUUGGGAUAGCCUCUCUCGCUUUGAGCACAGUACUCGCCUUCGUGAUCCGUUGCAUGCUCGUAUACGAGAACAAGAAGCUGGAACGCGACGAAUCUGAAGACUUGAAGGGCGCAAGGCGCGAGCGCAUCGAAGAGGCUGCUAGGCUGGAAGGACUCGCAUUUGAGCAGGCGUUGGAGCGCAAGAGAGGGUUUAGGUAUCUCUAUUAA